GUGAUGUAUAUAUUGAACAUAUUGUGUAUAUACUGUAGGCUCCGAGAGUUGGCGAACCAUUUAGAACACGGCUCAAUACCCAACAGUGUUCUCCAGAAGACAUUACAAUAUGCAGCCUAUGUGUUGGACACCGUUAGUAUGGAUGAGACCAGGAAAAGGCCAGUGCCGGUAGCAGUAGGCCGUAAGCCCGGGCCCCUCCUCCGGGCCCCUUCAGAGCCCUCGGCCAACGCUUUGCAAAGAAAGCCAAUGCCAAUACCAAUGGGUGCCAAACCCGUAGAAAUUGAGUCGACAGUAGCCAACACUACAUUGACUGCCCCACCGGUCAAUCGUGCGCUCAACCGCUCAAAGCAAUGGACCCCAAACACAGCCACAAACACAGCCGCAACCACCAGACUAAUGAGAUAUGAGUUUUAA